AUGUUGGCUGUUCGACCAUCCGUGAUCGCUUCGCCGACGCAGCUGCACAGCGUCGGGUGCACGUCACACCUACGCCGACACGUGGCACCACUCACACCAAUCACCAGUCACCACCGAGCGACCCUCAUCAGCUGGAGCAGCUCGGCGUUCCCAAGGCGUUCCUGGCCUCUCCGCGGGCCGUCGCUGCACUGCCAGCAACCGCAGCAUCUCUGCUCCCUUGACUCCACCCACAGUACACACGGUUCACAGGGUGCCCGGACCGUGAGACCGCGAGCUGCCACCGCAGGACAGGAAGAAGACUCAUUUUCGAGAUCGGCACGCUCAGAUGGACAAUCAUCUGGGGGAGGUGGUCUGGGGGGCAAGCAGGAGGGGAGGCUAGCUGGGCGGCAGGAGGGGAGGGGCGUGGAGAUGCGGCAGGGGCGGGGAAUGGAUAAGGGCAUGCAGGUCCGGAUGUUCACAGAGGAUCUACCCACACAGAUGGAGGCGAUCACCACGGGGGCGACGACGCUGGUGACGGAGGUGAAGAGGAGCCCCCCUGACGUGGACUAUUUGCAGGAGCUGCUGGCCAUCCAGCAAUCGGGGCCGCGGAACAUUGGCUUCUUUGGCACGCGCAACAUGGGGUUCAUGCACCAGCAGCUGAUUGAAAUCCUCAGCUACGCCAUGAUCAUUACGAACAACCACAUCUACACAUCAGGCGCAGCAGGAACGAACGCAGCAGUGAUUCGCGGGGCGCUGAGGGCGGAGAAGGCAGAGCUCCUCACCGUCAUCCUGCCACAGUCUCUAGGGAAGCAGCCGCCUGAGAGUCAGGAGCUGCUCAAGAAGGUGGAGAAUCUGGUGGAGAAGCCCCACAACGACCAUCUGCCACUGCUUGAAGCAAGCAGGCUGUGCAACAUGGACAUUCUAUCGGAGGUGGAGCAUGUGAUCUGUUUCGCCUUCCAUGACAGUCGGCUGCUCAUGGAGACGAACAUCGAGCUUCUAGACCCCAACGAGGAGCUCCCCUCCGCUAAAGUCACACAAGGACGAACCCUGGGGGUUGCUGGUCCAGCAGCAUCGGGAAGGGCUGGUUUGGGAUUAGGUUUGGGAGCAGGUUUGGCGCUAAAGCUGGAGACGGACGUGAUGGUGAGGUUCGGCAGCCACAGCACGUUCUGUGAUGCAGUUAAGGCGCUGGCUCGACACGCUGUGAAGAAGGAAGGAUCGUCAUCUCUUGCGAGGGUGCAGCUGGAGAUCGACGGUGGUGAUUACUUUGACGAGAGGAACGUGCGAAGAAGGCGAUUUACAAGGGAGCAGCGAGCAGAGGAGGAGAGGCAGCUGCGGGAGCGGGAGGAGCGGAGGAGGGCAGAGAGAGAGCGGGCGGAGAGGGAGAGGAAGGAGGAGGAGGAGCGGAAGGCGCGGGAGGAGGAAGAGAGGGUGCGCCGGUGA